AUGGCAAGACCGAUUGAUGUAAGCCAGCUAAUUGUUGGCCUAAACAAGAAAAACGGGCCAAAUAAGGAUAUUUCAGGCAAAGUUAAGAAGCCCAAGUUUUUGAGCAAACAAGAAAGACUUAAACAAAUAGAAUUUAACGGCAGUAAAGAGAGUUUGAAAUCUGUAAAGGAUAAUACCGCUGAACUCGUUAUUAAACAGCAAGAUAAUGAUAACAAUGAUCCACUCGAAGAAGGUGGCAAUGAAAAAAAUAGUUUGCCCAAGCAAAAUGGCUCCAAAUUUCAGUUUUCAUGGGACGAAAGCGAAGAUACUCUGGCAGGCUAUAAUCCUAUUGUUUCAACGAACGUUAAUGCUUUGUUGCAAAAGAGGGAAACCCCAUCUAAGACGGCUUUAGAGUCCUCGUAUAUGGGGAAGCAUUGGACCGAGAAGUCUUUGAGUGAGAUGAAUGGAAGAGAUUGGAGAAUAUUAAGAGAAGAUUUCGCUAUUGUUACAAAAGGUGGGGCAGUGGAGAACCCGAUGAGGAACUGGGAAGAACUGGAUGUCAUACCGAAAGAUCUAUUACGCAUCGUUACUCAUGACCUGCAUUUUUUGUCACCAACGCCUAUUCAAAGGAUUACUAUCCCCAACGUCUGUAGGAAAAAUCAAUAUAGGGAUUUCCUUGGUGUCGCGUCUACAGGUUCUGGUAAGACAUUGGCGUUUAUAGUACCGAUUUUGAUCAGGAUGAGUAGAUCUUCUUCAAGGCCACCGUCUUUGAAGAUUAUGGACGGGCCUAAAGCGUUGAUUCUUGCACCAACGAGAGAAUUGGUACAACAAAUACAAGCAGAAGCAGAAAAGGUUACAAAAAUAUGGUCUAUAGAGAAUAAUUAUGACUGUAAAGUAGUUUCCAUUGUUGGUGGACAUUCAUUGGAAGAAAUCUCAUAUUCUCUGUCAGAAGGUUGUGAUAUCCUAGUGGCUACGCCAGGGCGUUUGAUUGAUUCUUUAGAUAAUCAUCUGCUAGUAAUGAAACAAGUAGAGACAUUGGUCUUAGAUGAAGCUGAUAAAAUGGUUGAUUUAGGAUUUGAAGACCAAGUUACAAACAUUUUAACAAAAGUUGAUGUAGGUGCCGAUCCCUCAAUAAACAGGCAGACAAUGAUGUUUACAGCUACUAUGACUUCCGUGAUAGAAAAAAUCGCUGCUGGGUAUAUGAAGAAGCCCGUCUACGCGACUAUUGGGGUAGAUACAGGGUCUGAACCUCUGAUUCAACAGAUUGUAGAAUACUCAGACAAUGACGAACAAAAAUUCAAAAAACUGAGAUCUGUUGUAACUAAAUAUGAGCCACCCAUAAUAAUUUUUAUAAAUUACAAACAGACUGCCGACUGGUUGGCUGAAAAGUUUCAAAACGAAACUAAUAUGAAAGUAACAAUUUUACAUGGUUCCAAGUCGCAAGAUCAAAGAGAGCAUUCGUUGAAAUUAUUCCGCAGCGGCAAAGUUCAAAUUAUGGUUGCAACGAACGUUGCUGCAAGAGGUUUGGACAUUCCUAAUGUUUCAUUGGUGGUCAAUUUCCAGAUUCCUAAAAAAAUAGAUGAUUACAUUCAUAGAAUUGGUAGGACUGGUCGUGCCGCCAAAGAAGGUACCGCCAUCUCUUACGUUGGUGGUACUGAAGAUGAAACAUUAAUAGGCGAGCUUCACAAGUACGUAAAAAAGCAUGACCCAUUGAAUAACAACAGGUUUUCCGAUGCUGUGAAGAAUAAAUACAACGUUGGUAUCGAAAAAAGGAAUGAAGUUAUAUAUUAA